CGCUAAGCUAGCUCCAUGUAUACAUUUUCCCGCCUCUGGAGGGCUCUGUCGCAYCGCGCAGUAAAUUAUAAAUCUUUCUCAGUUUAUUUUAUUUAACCUAAUUUCUCCGCACUUCUAACUGACUGUUGUGUUUUCCGUUAAACUAUAUAUAUUUUUUAGUGUUUUUUUGGACAUGUUUUCCACUUAGAAACGUCGCAUGAAUCUAAAUUUCGGACGGAGAGAUCGACGCAACCAGGAAAUGGGUUCUUCUUCUCUGACUUCGUCUCUGCUCCUGCUGUCUGUGGUCUUCUGGCAGUUCGUGUCUGCUCAAGAAGAAAUGAACAUCAGAGCUGCCACUGGAGAGGACAUCACUCUGCCGUGCAGUGACCCUGACAAUAACCCCAUCGAGGUCGUAGAGUGGAGCAAAUCCGGCCUGGGGGCGAAAUUUGUCCUCCUGUUCAAAAACGGGAUGAUUGAUGUAAACAAGCAGCAUCCAGAUUUUAAGGACCGGGUGGAUCUGUUGGACUAUAAGAUGAACGGUGGAGACGUGUCUAUGGUUCUGAAGAAAGCGAAGGCCAACGAUUCGGGAGAAUAUGAAUGUCGAGUCAUCCAGAAGGAGGAAGGGGAGCAACUCAGGAUGAAGGUCUACCUGGAUGUAAAAUCGCCGUUUCCUCCCUGGGUCAUUAUUGUGCUGGUUCUGCUCAGUGUGUCUCUGACUAUUGCCACCAUCCUGAUGUAUAAAAACAGACGCUACUUCAGGCAAGCCCAAAGGGCCCAGCAGCCACAGGUGCAGGAGGAGGAAGAGGAAAACGAUUAUUAUGAUGACGACGACGUGAAGCAGAACUCAGAGGAUUAACAUCAUCGACGUCUCAGAGGAACUUUAUGCUUUUAAACUGAAAUAAAACUAAUUCCACUGGUUUUA